AUGGCGAAAACUGGCUUAGCAUUUUCUGGUGGUGGGAUAAGGUCAGCGGCCUUGUGUUCUGGAGUCUUACGAAGAUUGCUGCAGAAGAAUGUGAAGAUUGACUACCUCAGUUGUGUGUCGGGAGGCGGUUACACAGGCACGGCCUAUCUGGACUGGAAAUACAGGAAUGGCAAGAAGGACGACAAAGAAUGGCACGAGGAAUUCUUUAACCACAUGAGGCAAAGUGCCGGGUUCAUAUGCCACUGUAAUAAACCGCUGUUCCAGGCAAUUCUAGAUUUUUUAGCAAUAACCUUGGUUAUACUAUUUGUGUCUAUUCUUGUACCGGCAUUUAUGUGGAUGGCAUUUUCGUAUCCGUUGGCCUUUGUUGUAGAUUGGCUAUUUGGAGACACCCUUAGAAAGGAAACUCCUUACUGUGACGAAGAUGUACGAAAAAAUCCAAACCUAACCUUACAACAGUGCAAAAAAGAACGCGAGUCAUCUGGGACAGAUUACGAGCUACUUGCUCUGUUUUUGGCGCCCGUGGGUUGCGCAUGUGCAUCCUUUAUUCUCAGGGGAAUUUUCUCAAAAUGGAAACCUCUUUUCAGUCUCUUUUUUCAUUUUUCUGCUGGGUUUUUUGCGUUGGUGUUUUUCCCUUGGUUCAUUAAAGAAUUUUUUCACCGAGCUCCGACGUGGAUAAAGUUUCUUGUAUUUAUCCCUUUGUUCUUUCUUUGGAUUUCAUUUCCUCCCAUCCGUUCAACCACUACAAUCAUGAGCUUCACAUAUCUGACCUCGUUUGUGAUUUACUGGAGAGUUUACAACGACAGUGUCUUUGGUUUUGAGUACAAAGUAAUCACUUUCGAUAUUCUCCUGGGUGUAGCAGCUAUACUGCAUUGGAUCUCUCCUUGGAUUUUCACCGUUCAGCAACGCCUUGUUCACAUAUAUUUACGGUAAGCUGAAAACUGAAAGUUUUACAAACCUUGAUCACGGUUUUCAUUUUUGCUCUCUUUACCGGGGGUUAUUCGUGAGCUUAAUCAACGACCAGAGCCGUAGCUAGCGGGGGGUGCAAGGGGGGAAACUGCCCCCCUCCCCCCCGGACCUGUUGAGCCGGACACAUCAAGUCUUUGGAUGGAUUUGUUUUCUUUAGACUCAGUUAUUUUGAUUAUAGUGACUUGCAAUUGUUUGCCAUUUUCAUAUUCGAGGUCGAUUUUUCGGAGACAAGUGCUGAAAAGAGCAUUUCGGAGCCUCCAAAUUUGACAAUUUUCUGGGGGAGGAUACCCCCAGACCCCUCCCCUACAAGGCUCGUGCCUUCGGCACUCGCGAUAAUGCCCCCCCGUUACAAAAAACCUAGCUACGGCCCUGACGACGAUGGCAACGACAUCGAGAACGUCACCCAAAAUAGUGAUUCGCGCUGUUUUAAACUUCAUGGCCCUUAUUUCCAACUCAUUUAAUUUGUCAAAUGUUGGCCAUUUUUUCAGGAGUUUAAUUAAUUGUAAAAGAUUCUUAUCCAAGUUCAGAAAAACAAAAAGAGAAUCGUUGUCUUAUAUGUUCACUUCCUCCAUAAAACGUGAAAUUAAGACGUUUCACAUUGUACUACGUGCAACGACGGCAAACCGGGCUCAUACCUUACUUUCUUUCAACGCAGGUGGACACUCCAGAGACGAUUUUUUUAUCCAAAGACAGUUGGUGCAUGUGGAUGCGCCGGAAUCAGCUGGCGAAGUUUUUUUCUUUAUUGUCCGACCUGCUGUCAACCCGAAAUGAAAGGAAUCAGAUACAGCAAAGUGCUGACCUUGGAUGACCUCGAUGAGCUGACACCUGUGUACGUAGGUUGCGUUACAAGCAACCAGUGGCGACGCACUACCUCCCCGAGAGAACAAGAUUCUGAAAUCCUUACUAUGAGUCCGCAUAACAUUGAGCGUCUUGACCGUCCAAAGAGGGAGGAAGAACUGCAUGGAAAAUUGACUCCAAUGGAUAUCUACCUAUCUGAUGCCACGGCUACUUCUGCGGCUGCGAUCAACCAUCAGAUGGGAACAAUGCAGGCUGACGAUGGACCGUUUAAAGAUCUCAAGGUUAUGCUUGGACUCUCUUGCGGUACAUCUAUCGUGUCUGACCAAAGACAUGAAAAGGAGAGACACUUCUGCAUCCAGGUUAACAAUAGCUUUAAAUACUUAUUUUUAUACCUGCCAACUUUUUCUGGGUCAAAUGCGUGAGAUUUUCACUUUGUCAAGACCGGGAUUUCCGGAAACGUCCCGGCGACUUCCGAAGAUUUCUGACAAUUUUCUGAAGACUUCCGAACGUUGCCGAAAAUGUCCGCGGAUGUCCGAAGACGUUUGAGCGUGCUUUGAUUUCGUUAGACCACGAAAAAGGACCCAAAGUCGUCAAUUAACGCGUUUUUGGAUUGAAUGUUAUUCGCUCAUGUGUUAAAGGAUAAUUUGUCCGGAUUUGUGAGUCAGGCUUGAGAAAUUGUCCUUGAUGCGUGAGAUCGAUGUCUUUAGUCCACAGGCGUGAGACUCACGCAUAAUGCGUGAGAAUUGGCAGGUAUAUAUUUCAGUUCGCUUAAAUACAAACACAAAGUGGCAAGUCAUAGCAAAGCUCUCUCGCUCGCACAGCUGAGCACCAUGGGUAAGAAGAAAUUGUAACUUAUAGAUGCUAGAGAUUUUGGGCAUCACGUGACCGUCCGUACGUCCGUACGUUUGCUCACCCCCAAAUGUCACAUUUACUAUGGACAUGGAAAAUGGCAAAAGCCUGUCAAAUAUAUACGCCAUCCAUAUGAAGAUGAAUUGACAGCUGUCAAAGCCAAGACUUUUUUUCGACUAAAUUUUGUUGUGUACACUGACGUAGAUAACAAAGAAAGAGCUAGAACAAGAGAUGAAAAACAAAGGAGACGAAUUUCGUUGGAAGAAAAGCAUGAAAAAACAUUUCCUUGCGGCGGUGACUUAAAUGAGAAAUGCUUGCGGCCACCGAGGUGAAAAUGGGCGGCAGUAAAAAAAAGCGAAUAGGAAAUUCCUCCAAAAAACGGGUAACUAGUAUAGGAAGUUUCACCCUGUAGUCGCGUGCAAAACAACGGCAAAGAAAUGUACAUGCAAUUGAUAUUGGUAUUGGCCACUCUUUAACUUGGGACUUGAGGGAUUAAUCAAGUGAAAGUGGCCAUGAAUUUAGCUUUUACUGGCUCUUUUAUUAGUACAUUAUAAGAAAUAUCAGCACCAAUUAGAAAACUCGGAAGCCUUUUGCAGGUUUUUCUUGAUUGGUGCGUUACUAGGUAUUGCUGUACACACGGUAGCUUAAACAUUUUCCUUAAAAAGCCGACUGCACUUAGCAAAUUUUACCUACUUUUCCUUACAGGUCCUUCCAAUAUUAAUAGAGUUUGCCCGUGGUCUUCCUCUGGUUGUGUUUUUUGUUAUUUAUCUUAUUACUGACAAUGAUAAAUAUUUGACCAUUGGACUGCUGAUAUUUUUCUCCUUUUUGUUCCUGUUGACCCUCGUGGCCCUGGUACCAACCGGAAGUAGAAAACGUGGAAGACUGGAACGAAUUGCUAGGUAAAAAUAUACUAACAUGUUCUUGUGUCAGCUAACCUUGGAAGAGUUAGUUCGCGAAAUUAUAAACAUUUUGUAGUCAACAAUUGCCCAUUUUACAGUUACAGUUGGAAACGAGGCUGGAGUUGACGUUGCUUUGAUACAACCCUUCUUGCUUUAUUAUGUAAAUCAUAUUGUUGUUAUGCUAACUAGUAUUUUUUUAAGCAAAAUAUCCAUUAGAAAAGAAAGGAGGUUUGUAUAAAAACAAGGUCAACCUCAGCCUCACAUUCACUCAAAGUCUUGGUCACCAAGCCCACAACUGUAAAAUGGCCUAUUACUGAAUGUAGCUGAGCAUGGUUUGAAGAAUUGUGGAGAUCGAGGAGCAUGUGUUUGCACUUCGGGCCCGACAGAGAACAGUCUUUGAGAUAUGCAUAUAUUCAAAAUGUUUCUCCGUUCUUAACAACCUUACGUCCUCGUAGACUUUCUUAACACGUGUCUUUUUCUUGGAAAAUUUUCAGUACGUAUAGUCUCUGAACAAGUAUGUUGGGUACUCAACACCCAGACCCAAUAUAUUGAAUAUAUUAGCUAAAGCUAAAAUUAUUAUCAGUGAGGUCCCAUCGAUAACAAGGCAAAGUCGUCCUUUUUGAUUUGCACCGAGAAAACAUACCUUACUGUCUAAAAGCUACACUUAAGUCAACUCUCCCACAGAGAUUAAACAAUGUGUCAUGUUGAGAAAGGGCUCAACAGUUCCAAGAGUUUGCUGAGUAAAACGAAACAGGAUUCCAAAGAUUUAUUGUAAUAAAUGAGAAGCAUAUAACCCGCAAAGAAAAUUAUUCGUACACGUCAUUGGCAGCUUAGCGCGCGCAAAUGACAACACACUCGUGGCCUCCGCUACCAGUAAAUGUUAAUGUCUUUGUUCGUUGAUUAUGUUAUAUAACAAAUUCAAACGUCUCAACGUGUACUAUUGAGUUGCGGAUGUACUUGGAGAACUAUUAAGGACUUAAAGAAUUCGUUGUUGGCUACUUUUUAGACGGGGAUGCCUUCAAUUCUUCUGAUUCCAUAUUUAGGCGAAAAAAUUCCGUGCUUCUGAUUGGACAGCUACAAGACCCCCGCACGGUUCUUUACUAUGAAAAAACUGACCGAUUUUCGUAAAAUUUAAAAACGGUGGAAACCGGUGUGGAUCCGCGCCUGGACGCUUCAAGGUCAUAAUUAUGCUUCUGAAUAAAUAUGUCUAUAAUUGCUUGGAAACGUCUCUAUCACGAAAUAACAGGAAAUAAUAACCCGUAGCGAGCAACUCCCAUACUAGGCCUAUGACACGGCAUUUAAACGGACCAGUUUAUUUCUAGACACAUUUUAGAGCACUUUUUCCCGCAAAAAUAGAAUCUCCACCAUGUCUAUGAGCGCAUUCCAAGUAUAAGAUAUCAAAAAGGAAAACUAAAUGUUAUUAAAAGGCAGAAAAUAUCAUUUUAGGUCUGUAGGUUUUGCUGACUGGUUUGUGGAUUUUAAAAGAUACUCUCUUGUCAAAAGUUGCACCAAAACCGUUCUAAAAAUAAACUGGCCCUUGAAAACGCCGUGACACGAACGCAUGGAAGUUGCUCGCUCCAGGUUAUGGGCUCCUGAAAAUAACUAAGGUAAAAGCUAAGUUCAGCAGCUGAAUGUGACAUCACGUUUACUUGUUGGUUACUUACUCAGUAAUUGCCUGCAAUUCUUUUCAAAGGUGGCUGACUGUCAACGUUUAUUACGUCAACUUCAUCCGCAAUGCGAUGAAAAUUGUCAACCAAGGUCCCAGUCCCCCAGCGGUCCUAUCUCUUAGUGACGGCGGCCACAUUGAAAACUUGGGUAUUCUUCCGCUGUUGAAAUUAAGACUGAAGAAAAUUGUGUCGGUGGGCGGAAGUCGCACCAUUUUGGACGAAGACUAUGGAAGUUCACUUAUGAAAGCUUUAGAUUUGGCCCGAGAAAAGCUGGGUUGCUCAUUUUCAGGGUUGGAUGGACGGGAUAUUGCGGAGGAUAUACAGGACAACUUCGUGGAAAGAAGUGCAGGAUCACAGCCUAGAAGCUACAGGUCAGUUUUUUAGUUUCUAAGACAUUACCCUUUCAGGCAAGAAAAAUUUGGCAUUUCACUCUAUUUAGUGAGCGCCCCCGGCCCUUACCUUGGAAAAAAUAUCUCUUCUGGUUUGCCAAACACAAGUUCCAAACACAAGUUUCUUACCUCUUUAAGACUACUUUAGUUUUCUCUGGCAGCAACAACUGCGACUCCGUCAACCUAGUGUUCAUUACUGAGAUCAUAAGCGACGGGUUCGUCGAUUACGAUCAUGACAUAUACACCGUAUAACUCGCCACGCUCCCGAUAACGACGCCUUCGCUAACUCGUGAAGACCAGCCACUUAGAUCAUUCUGCUUUAUAUUUGUAACACACAUGUAGGUUUAAAGUGCAUUAUUAUGACAAAAAUGCCAAUGGAGAUGGAAAGACUAAAGUUGGUGAGGGUGAAAUUCUGUACAUCAAGCCCAGACAUCCUGAUAAAGGUAUAACUACCAAUCGAUGGGAGGCCUGGAAUGAAGUCCUUGAUAAGGAUCUCGAAAGGACUCUCUGGGGGCCUGGACCAAAGUUAUCCGCGGCGGAAACUGAUCGACUGACGUUCUGUUGGAGCGAAUGUUGCCAUGGGAACGCAUGUCGUGGUUUGUCUGAGGCGAUCUGCGGCGCUUUUCCACAGCAUUCAACAAUAAAUCUGUGUUUUACUCCCACACAGUUUUCAGUCUACCACAGAGAAGGUUACAGAGCCAGUAUGGAGGCUGAAAUAGAAGAGUUUAUCAUCGAUGAAAGGGAUAAUGCCAUAUCAAAGCCAUUCGUGGUCUAA